AUAAUUAAUUAGGCGGUUGAUAACAUAAUUGGCCAAGCAUGUUCGCUCCAUCACGCGAGGUUUUAUAAUGGCCGACGAUUAAGAGGCACCCCCCUCUUUUGGAACGGUGGCACAGUGGUUGGUUGUGGUGGGUGGCCUUAGCCGAGCACGGUUUGUUUAGCUUGGCCACGUCCUCGAUGUGAUGUUAUAGUGUUAAUGUUUUUUUGCUUUAUUUUUUUCAGGAAUUGGUGACACACGUGUGUGUGUGUGUACAUUUAUUUGACAUCGAUAAAGACUAGAUUGUUGUGUUUUUCGGUGGCGGGCCCGUGUGAGAGUUCGCGAUGGAAGAUAUUGUUCCCGUGAAGACGACGACCCGGUCUCUCAGGCAAGGCUUCAGUCGAGAAUUCACAGAGACGAAUAAGAGGAUCGAGGACCUGCAGGCGAUCAUCACGGCUCGCUCGCUGAACCAGAAGAAACUCCACGGAGCGAGGCUGCCCUCGUCCAAACCAGCGCAGCUCCAUUCAGAUGGCAACAAACUGCGCGUCAUGCAGAUGAUGCAUCACGACAAUGGAGAUGCUGGAGAUGCUGGAGGUGGUGGAGUUUGCAGCGAUGACGGGCAUGCGACCGUGAUUCAGCUCGGCGAGGAGGUGGCUACUGUGGAGACGGCCCCGGACACGGAUCAGACGUGGGAGAGACGCGGCACGUUUUUCGUCAUUCCACAAGGUCUGCGAUUUGAUCCCCAGAGCUGCUCCAACCGGGAUGACGCCUCUCCACAGGCAACUGGUGAUGAUGAUGAUGAUGAAGACGGCGGUGGAGGCGAUGGGUGGGCGAGGGCGAGCGUCGAAGAGGACGAGGUGGAGACGACGCGGCAGAUGGAGCGCACGAGGGAACGCCGCCGCACGUUGCUCAUGCUGCCGCAGGCUCCCGAAUCCGGCUUCCAGAGCGCAAACUGGGGGCCUCGACUGAACGUAGUCCGGCUGGUCGCCGCGAUGCCCACAGUCGAUUCGAGUCCGACACUUUCCGAACGCCGAUCGCAUGGGGAGGCCGAGGGUCCGGCCGAUCCUCUCUGGCUGGCCAACUCGACCACCUCGUCCGAGCGUCUCGGUCACGAAGAUGACGACAGCCGGGAGGAAGCGGAGCGCUUUGCCUCGGAACCUGCAGAGCUCCCAAACAAAAUGGUGCUGCAUCUCUCCACUAGUGAGGCUUCGGACGACAUGGAGUUGGCGCACUGCCCCGGUCCGGCCCCACAGAAGGAAAUUCCUCGCGUUGAAGGCGGGGAGCCAGCAGUGCCGUCAGGUGACCCAACGCAGCGUGCGGGCACCUCCUGGGGCAACGACGGCACGGACGCACCGGGGAAGCUCUCCCCGCCCGAGGAGGUCGUCUCCCGUUCCGAGGCUCUGCUGCCAUCGCUGAGCGAGACUUUGGACGACGCGGAGAUGGCGCACUGCCCGGGCCUGGCCACGCCGAAGGGAAUUCCUCGCGGUGAAGGCGGGGACCCGGCGCUGCCAGACGACCCCACGCGGCACGCGGGCACCUCCCGGGGCAACGGCAUCGUGGAUGGAGAGGUGGAGGAGGAGGAGGUCACCGUCUGCGCUUCAGAGGCUCCGCUGCCUUCGCUGUCCGACGACAGCAGCCAGAGCAGGAGUCCAACUCCUCCUCCUCCCGCGGCUGUGGGCAAGGCGCACAAGAGGAAACUCGAAGAGGGAGGAGGAGGAGGAGGAGACCCCCUCGCCGAUCCGCCCGUGGCCGCCCGCGAGGGCGCGGACACGGCGGAGGCGAAAGCUGGGCCCAAGCACAGCAGACGGCAGCCGGAGAAGCAGGGGGGGGAGCACGGCACGACGGCGCAGCCUGCCCAGCGGAGGAAAUGGGGCGCUCGAGUGCCGCCCGCCGCCGCCGCCACCUCCCAACAGAGCGGUGGAGCCCCCACCCUCGGCAAGCCGCGGGCAAAGCGCGCGGCCACCACCUCGACGCUCCGGGUGACGAGGACCUUGACCUUGCAGCAGGAGGCUGCCGCCACCGCUGCUCCUGCAACUUCCCCUACUGCUGCCUCUACUACUGCCGCUGCCCCUGCUGCAAACGCUGCUAUCCUUGCUGCUGCCACUACUGCUGCCACUUCCCCUACUGUUGCUGCCUCUACCAACGCUGCUGCCCCUACUACUGCCGACUCUCCUGCCGACAUUGUCCCUAACGCUGCCCCUGGCGCUGCCCCUGGCGCUGCCCCUGGCGCUGCCCCUGGCGCUGCCCCUGGCGCUGCACCUGGUGCUGCGGCCCUCGACAAAGUUGAGGCUGCAGAGCCCUUGAAGGAGAAGACUCCUGAGACGGCGAGACGAGAGGGUAGUCAACGGAAGACCAAAGCUUCCGCCACGGUGAAGGAUCUCUCGGGUUUGACAGGAGAAUCGUCGACAACCACCACCACCAGGAGCCAGAAGAAGGUGGCGACGGAGGGCAAGGCCAUGACUAAAGGCAAGGGCGAGGGCAAGCCGAGAGGCAGAGGGGCUGCCCAGGGGGAACUCGAGAAGGAGACCACGGAGGCGUCUGGGCAGCCGGAGAAUCUUGGAAUCUGCACUCCUCCGCUGCCUCCCGCUCCUCCUCCUACCCCCACGGAGAGCGAUAGCCCCCCGGAAGGAGCUGCUGCUGGUGCAGAGAAGACCCCAGAGAGCCGGCAGCGCUCUCUGAGGGCCAGGGGACCCCAGGCAUCCGUCAAGGCCCUCUCCCUGAGUCCUGGCCCAAAGCCCACGCGGAGACUGAGAUCAAAAGCCUUGGCAAUAAUCACCGAAGGUGAAACCCUCAAGAGCCAAGAUAAGGGGACAGGAGGCAAGGGGAAGGCUGUGGCUACGGCCGAGGGCAAGGCCAAGGGCAAGCGGACGACUCGAGUUGCCCAGCAGGAGCUGAAGAAUGAGGCGGCAUCCGGGCAGCCGAAGACACGGAGAAUCGGCGCUCUUCCUGCUUCGUCUCCUCCCACCCCUAGCGAGAGUGACCCUCCGGAAGGAGCUGCUGCUGGGACAGAGAAGACCCCCCAGAGACGGCAGCGAUCUCUGAGAUCCCAGGGGCCCCAAGUGUCGGUCAAGGCCCUCACCCCGAGCCCUGGCCCCAAGCCCACGCUGAGACAGAGAUCAAAGGCCUUGUCAACAAUCACCGACGGCGAAACCCUCAAGACCGACGCAGCAGAUGGAAAGCCAAUCCUAAAGAAACGCUUGAGACUGGCUCCAGGAAAGGGGCAGUGAUGCAUCCCAAGGAAGAGCCGAGAGAUGCCCCCCCAGGUAUCUCUCGCAUCUCAUCUGGCUCCAUUGCAUGACACACCCCACCCACCUUACGAAGUCCAUGAGCCCAGACCCGAUAUCUCACCAGUCGGAGUACCGCCUCAGGUGGCAUAACUUCAGUGGUUCCAAUUUUUUUUUUGUGGCCAAAAACAGUGAAUUAUGUCAUGACCGCUUUAAAUUAAUGGGUUCUCGAAUAAUUCUGCCAUAUAUCUGAAUCGUUCCAACCAACGUUUUGCUUGCUUAGCUGGAACUAGUGUUGCUCUGCACCCUGGACUAACAGGGGGAGGAGUGUCGUGUUUGCAGAAGGCAGUAAAACAAACAGGAUGAGGGUACACGUCUGAGGAUCACUACCGAGAUGCAAGGAUGAAACCAAACUUGUGGUGCAGGUGGAUUGUUAAAUGCCGAAACUAAGGGCAAUGGCGACUCGAGGGGUUGAUUUAUUGUACUUCACGCUAUAAAGAGUGGGGGUUGAAGGGCGGGAGGGGGGGGCCUUAGCACAGGUCACGGUAUCACUUUGCCACUGAUGUUAGCCAAAGCUGGGAAUUUAACUCCGGUUGCCGAGUUUAUAGUGCGGUGUGCUAACCACCGUGCCACCAAAAAAUAUACAUUGUUUUGCCCCCCCCCAUAUGUAAAAAAAAUCUCUUAUUGUAAAUACCGUGAAUACUUAGAAUUAUCCCGUAUAAAAUAGAGCUAUCCUUGUGUAAUCAAGUUUGUUGACUUCUACCCAUCAUCAGCCUCUCCUGCAGUAACAAGAAGUGCAUUCACUAGGUUGUCUAAUUGCAUAAUCGAGUUGCAUCCCCUCGGAUGGGAAGGGGGGAGAGAGCCAGACUAAAGAACUGUGGCAUUUCCAGCACACACGGGUUUUCACCUUUUUGCUCGUAUACCCAAAUGCUAUACUCAGCCGUGAACAUGAGCCUUGUAUUAAAUUUAAUUGAUCACAAGUAGCCCCCCCCCCCCCCCCCCCCCCAGCAAUGUCACGGAUUGCCUACCUUUUUGAGCAUGUCUUUCGUUUCCUGUCUCGUUUAUGCAGUGACGUGUAACAGAAUGUAAUUUGCACGAAUCUUCCAUCAAUUAUUAUAUAAACGAGUGAAUGUCCUAAGAAUAUAAUUUAAUCAAUGCAUCAUUACAUGACUUGUAGUGGGUUGCUUAAUUUUUCAUAGUUAAUCUUCUUCUGAUGAGCUACCAAUGAUUUGUUAAAUGUCUUGAUCAAAUUGGUGAGCCAAAGGCUAAUUUACUGAUUUUGCUGCAGGCCAGAUUAUCCUGCUUAUGCAUAUUCACACUGCUCGAGUGAUUUUUCCCUUCCAAUAUCCCUACAAACAAUAAAAGCAUCUUGUAUCUGGUUAUAACUUUUAAAAAUAUAUAUUUGGCUGACAACUUUCAUUGGUCUGCUAGUGCAUAAGUGGGCUCACUCAAAUUGUGUUGUGUAAAAAAUGGCAAGAACUCGCUUUUUGGAACGGUAUAUUUUAAAUAAUAAGACUAAAUACAUAAACGUUUGAGACAUGUCUUCAAAUAAUAUAAAAUUCUUUAUUGUAUGUACACAUGUAUAAUAAAAACGUAGCAUUUGUAUGCCACACACUUAAUUGACGUUAUGAAUUGUAGAACAUCUUAAGA